GAUCUCCGACUUUCCACACAGGUGACCACACAGAUGAAAAUAAGAUUGAAAAUAUCUACUUUUGCAUUUUAAUCAAAGUAGGAUAGUGAACCUGUUUUUUAACUGUUGUGCUUUUGUGAGACUUCGCCUGCUGGGACCAACAGUAAAGGUUAUACCACAUACUGAGUGGGUUUUAGCAGCCUUUGUCAGCAGUGAAUUACUUCAUCUCUCCGUCCGAGAUGAAAAGAAAGGGCGCGUACAGAUUUCUGUCGGUUUUCUCCUGCUUCGUUGUUUGUGUUUUCUUGUUCUUGUUCUGGUUCUUCGUCUUUUACUCCAUGGUUCUUACGCCGUAAAACACAGAGGAAGCCACAGACAGCUAAGCUAAAAGGGACGUACUACUUUUACCCACACUGCACCGCCUUAUUGACAAGUCCUUGCUGUCACAUGACCAUCUGCAACAGGAAGUAGCAGCUGAUGAUUUUCUAGAAAUUGGUCAUUGAAGUCACGAUGGCGUCUAACAUCAGUGGAGCGUCAUCCUCUUCUGCAGAGCUCAAGCUGCAGUUUGCACCCUUCAGCAGUGCUCUGGAGGCAGGCUUCUGGCACCAGCUCACCCAGAAGAAGCUCAAUGAUUACAGACUGGAUGAGAGCCCCAAGUUUAUCAAAGGAUACUAUUACAAUGGUGACCCUGUAGGCUUGCCCACUCGUCUGACAUUGGAGUUUAGCGCAUUUGAUGUUGAUGGUCUGACUCCGGCUCGUUGUUGUUCAGCUCUUGGUAUGCUGUACAACACCAACACACUGGAUGCAUUUAAGGCCACUGAUAAGAAGGCUCUGUUGGAGAAAGAGGCCAAAGAGAUAUGGGAUGCCAUACAGACGGGGGCUGCACUGAAAAACCCAUCUAUCCUCUGCAGAUUCAUUCUACUGACCUUUGCGGACCUGAAGAAAUACCAUUUCUACUAUUGGUUCUGUUUCCCGGCACUUUGUUUCCCAGAUGGAUUAAAAAUGAUCCAGUCCCCUGUUAGCCUAGAGCAAGUUUUCUCACCAAGACAGAUCUCGGCCCUGCAGGAGGCCUAUGACAGCCUGUGUAAGGAAAUGGGGAUCACUGCGGUUCCUUUUUUCUUGAUGAAAUACACUGAUGACACUGUUCAGAUGGCUCUACUUGAGGACUGGCAGACAUUUUUCACUGAUACUAAGAAGGUCACUGUGGGCGUCUAUGAUCCGUGCACUCUGUCUCAACAUCCAGGCUGGCCUUUGAGAAAUCUCUUGGUUUUCUUGGCUAAGCAAUGGGCCUCCAAAGUGGACGUGGUGGAAGUGCUGUGUUUCAGGGACCGAACUCUGCAAGGAAACCGCUCCAUCCAGCAUAGUGUCGUCUUCCAGGUCAAACUACCCGAGCUUCCCAACAACUCAGUGUGUCCUAAAAGUGUUGGAUGGGAGAAGAACCCAAAGGGGGCAUUGGGACCACGAAUGGUCAACCUGAGUGAAUGCAUGGACCCUAAAAGACUUGCAGAGUCAUCAGUGGACCUGAAUCUUAAGCUAAUGAGAUGGAGGCUGGUUCCUUCUUUGGACUUGGACAAAGUCGUCAACACAAAGUGUCUUCUUCUUGGUGCUGGGACACUGGGCUGCAAUGUGGCCAGGACUCUCAUGGGCUGGGGAGUGAGACGCAUCACGUUUGUUGACAACGCAAAGAUUUCAUACUCCAAUCCGGUUCGACAGCCACUUUAUGAGUUUGACGACUGCCUCGGAGGAGGGAAGUCCAAAGCUAUGGCAGCCGUUGACCGUCUUACCAAAAUUUUUCCGGGUGUGAAUGCCGAGGGUUACAAUAUGAGCAUCCCAAUGCCCGGUCACCCAGUGAAUUUCUCUCAGACUACUCUUUCCCAGGCCCAGAAAGAUGUGGAGCAGUUGGAGAAGCUUAUUUCAGAACAUGAUGUGGUGUUUUUACUCAUGGACACUAGGGAGAGCCGCUGGCUGCCCACUGUGAUAGCUGCCAGUAAGAGAAGGCUCGUUGUUAAUGCUGCUUUGGGCUUCGACACGUUCGUUGUGAUGCGACAUGGCCUAAAAAAGCCUCCCGUCAGUCAGAGUGUUUCCACGGGAACAGACUCCUCAGCUUCCGGUUCCUCUGCUUCCUCGUCAUCCUCCACUCCAGCCGAAUCUGCCACCGGUGUCCCAGGAUCCUCUCUGUUCUCCAACAUCCCAGGGCACAAGUUGGGCUGCUACUUCUGCAAUGAUGUUGUUGCUCCAGGAGAUUCCACCAGGGAUCGGACCUUGGAUCAGCAGUGCACCGUCAGCAGACCAGGUCUUGCCAUGAUUGCCGGAGCCCUGGCUGUGGAGUUGAUGGUGUCCAUUCUACAGCACAAUGAAGGGGGCUACGCAGUGGCCAGCAGCAGUGACGACAGAAUGAACGAACCUCCCACGUCUCUCGGUCUUGUGCCUCAUCAGAUCCGAGGCUUUCUCUCCAGGUUUGACAACGUGCUGCCUGCCAGCCUGGCCUUUGACAAAUGCACUGCCUGCUCACCCAUUGUCUUGGACCACUAUGAGAGGGAAGGUUUCAGCUUUCUGUCCAAGGUUUUUAAUUCCUCCCACUCAUUUCUGGAGGAUCUGACAGGACUGACUCUACUGCACCAGGAGACCCAGGCUGCAGAGAUUUGGGACAUGAGUGAUGAUGAAAGCAUCUGAAGGGUGGAGUAGCCAAAGACGAGCAGCAGGAGGAUUUCACUCCGACAUAUUUUUCACAUCACAAAACAUCAAGCCCUAUAAAUUAGGCACAAGGUGCACCAUCAGACCUAAGCAGUAAUGGUAAAAAAAAAAAAAAGUAUUCACAAGCAGACAAAGCUUGAGUUUCUCUUGGUGUGUAAAACCAUGUAUGUUUGCAUCAAGUACAUUUUUGUGAGUGUUAAAAUAUGUCUUUAAAUGGUUAGCUACAAUAAACCCAUCACCGCAAUAAACAGGUUUAGUUGAGUCUGUCAGCAAAGUGCUGACAUCUGUUUGCUCUAUCAGCUUGAAGAAAAAAGCUUUAAGGUAAAGUAUGAAAUCACAAAAACACAUUUGAGGACUUAGCAGAUCUAUCCAUCUCAUUUUCUGUUUACUAGAGAUCCAAACAUAUACAGAGCACCUGAUACUAAAAGCAGCUUUCAUGUAAUUCCUGUGAGAAAACCUGCUCACAGAUGUUUCUGUGCAGCUGGACUGCAGCCAGACGGGAACCAAAUCCAGGCGAGUGAGUGGAGAACCUGAGAUCUUUAGAAAUUACUGGUUUUUUUUUACCUUACACUGUCUUGUGUUUACAAACUUGUAUGAGUGUUAAGACAUGUAACAUUUUACUGGUUAUUUGUCUGCCCAAAAAAGCUCAGUGAGAAAAAAAGAUGAGAUCUGUGUUUAAAAGUAAAGCAUGAGUUGUGAAUGAAACAAAUGUCCUAAACACAAAUGCAACAAAUCAAAGUUUUUUUUUUUUUCCUAAAGCCAUUUUCCAUGACUGAUUAAUCUCAGUUCCUUUGGUGCAGCUUAGCUAAUUCACUUCUGUUAGCAUUUAACCUAAAAAACUGUAAUAAAAUCUUUCCUUACAGUCCAACAUCAAA